UCCUCAAAAACCAAAAUGGCGGAUGACCUUUGGAACUUUGGUAGUGGCAGGGACUUGUGGGAUACGUCUGAGUUGUACGAGGUUGAUUCCAUUGAAGGUGAGGUGGGUAAUACCAAGGCGAGCAGACAGUCGCAACCGUUGAUCAAGUUGGCGCACAAGGGCAGAGCAAAAAGGCCAAAGCCAUUUGAAGAGUUUCUGUACCCGACAAACCCCGACGUUCCCGACUAUGGCUUUGAUCUGUACGAGCGUGUCGCCAAGCUGGAGGGACAGGUUAAAGAUCAAGAGGACGAGAUUACGUGUCUCAAGGCAGCCCUCGCCGACGUCGUUAGAAGAUUAGCUACGUUAGAAUCUUGUAAAAAUUCACAGAGAGGGUUACCGCAAGGACCUUUCAAAAUCAAAGAUUUCACAGGGUUUUUAAGCCACUCUCCCUUGCCAUCCAGACCUCCCAUGUACAAUGAUGUCACCAAGUCCAGAACCAAAAUCUUACUCUCGCCGGCGACGCCCGAGUCCCAAAGGCGGGGCAGAACAGGGUCCUUCGGGAGCAAUUCCUCGGGUAGCGACGGGAAACUCCGCAAAUGGGGCUCCCAGGACAGCUAUAGCUUCCCAACUUCUGGUUCACCUAGAAAAAGUGCCUCAAUGACAAACAUCCACAAAGCAGGGGAAAUUAAUGGGGCACGUCCACGGCCGAGCAAGGAGGCACUAUACAAUCCAGAUGAAGGAUGGGUGCGCAUUUACAUGAGGGGGCGCCCGAUCACCAUGUUCAUGCCCACGGAGGCGGGAGACUUCUCCGUCAAGGCAAAGCAAGAGCCCCCAGCUGAAAAGCUCAAGCUGGAAUGGGUUUACGGUUACAGAGGGAAAGACUGCCGCACCAACCUGCACAUAUUGCCAACAGGUGAUAUCGUCUACUUCAUGGCAGCCGUGGUCAUCCUGCACAACGUGCAAGAGAACACCCAGAGACACUACAUGGGCCACAAUGACGACGUCAAGUGUAUUGCCAUUCAUCCAAACACUGUGACCAUAGCAUCUGGACAGGUUGCUGGCCAUGAUAAGGACGAAGGCAAACCUCAUGUGCGUAUCUGGGACUCCGUCAACCUGAACACGUUGCAUGUCCUGGGACUGGGAUUCUUUGACAGAGCUGUGUGCUGCGUAGGAUUCUCCAAAUGUGACAAAGGCGUCCAGCUGCUGGCUAUUGAUGACUCUAAUGACCAUGUCUUGUCAGUCUGGAACUGGGAAAAGGAGAAGAAACUGGCUGAUUCCAAGUCUUCCGGGGACCCGGUUGUGGCGGCGGAGUUCCACCCCCUGAUAGAAAAUCAAAUGGUUAGCUGUGGUAAGGGCCAUUUACUCUUCUGGACGCUAGAUAACAACAAGGUGGUCAAGAAAGCUGGCAUCUUUGAGAAGAAACAUGACAAGCCCAAGUUUGUGUUGUGCUUUACAUUUGCUGGCAAUGGCGAUCUGCUCACCGGUGAUUCCAACGGCAACAUCUUCAUUUGGGCCAAAGGCAGUAACCGCAUCAGCCAGGCCAUCAAGGCUCACGAGGGGCAAAUCUUCUCCCUUGUCAUGCUUCAGGACGGAAGGUUCCUGUCUGGUGGGGGUAAGGACAGGAAAGUCCACAUCUUUGAUACUUCCUACGAUGUGACUGUCACGCUAGUGUUGCCCGAGUCAACUGGCCCGUGUCGCUGUCUGUGCCCAGGUAAAGACAAGGACAUCUAUGUAGGGACAACCCGUAAUGCCAUUCUGCACGGAGACAUGGAGGGCGAAACCUUCACCCCUGACGUUGUGGCCCAUACCGACGAGUGUUGGGGUCUGGCCGUGCACCCCAAUCAGAGCUUGUUCCUGACUUGUGCCUAUGACAAGCACGUUAUCAUGUGGGAUGCAGAGCAGCAUCGCCCACUCUGGAUGAAGACCAUGGAGGAGGAUCCCUGCCAGUCGGCCUGCUUCCAUCCCAACGGUGGAGUGGUUGCCCUUGGUAUGAAGACAGGACGUUGGAUGGUGUUAGAUGCCCAGAACCAGGAUCUGGUGACCGUCCACACUGAUGGUAACGAGCAGCAUGACAUCGUCAGGUACUCACCAGAUGGGAACUAUCUGGCAGUUGCCUCCCAUGACAACUACAUCUACAUCUACGCAGUGACUGAGGAAGGACGCAAGUACAGCAAAGUUGGCAGAUGCUCAGGUCACUCCAGCUUUGUAACCCACAUAGACUGGUCAGCCGACUCCAACUACCUGGUCUCCAACUCGGGCGAUUAUGAGAUCCUGUACUGGAAGGCUGAGAACUGCCGUCAGAUCCCCUCAGCUACCAGCAUGCGGGACACCGAGUGGGCUACCUUCACCUGUGUCUUUGGUUUCCCUGUCUGUGGUAUUUGGCAGGAGGGCAGUGAUGGGACUGACAUCAAUUCUGCCUGUCGCUCUCAUUCCGGUGCAAUCCUAGCUACGGGUGAUGACUUUGGCAAGAUUAACCUCUUCAGCUACCCGGUCACCCAGCCCAAGGCUGGUCACAAUAGUAACCGCGGUCACAGCAGCCACGUAACAGCAGUGGAAUUCUCCAGUGAUGACACACGUCUCUUCUCGACUGGUGGUCGUGACAUGUCCUGCAUGCAGUGGAAAGUGGUGUAAACUCAGCACAAUCGAUUUAGUUUUUCUUCCACGGAACUUUUCUCACCAAGUGGUUUAAGCACAGAUAGCUUUUUCAAUGUUCCAGGUUGUUUCUAUAAAGUAAACAAUUCUUCAGACCUGUAUCAUGUCUUGUGAUUUCUUUCUAUAAAUGGACGUCUACAAGUUAACAUGUGUAUUCAUAAAAAUUAUGGAAAAAAAACCCAAGUUUAGCAUUUUGUGGCUCCUAAUCAUCCUUUGAAAUGUCUUCUUUUUUUCACGUAAAUGACUGUAAAAUAGGCUGUUGGAUAGACUCGUGUUUAGACUAUACAUCCUUAUGUAUGAGCAAGUUCAGGGAGGACCAUUAGUCAACUAGUGGUUGCUCUGUGACGUAGCUAUACCUGCGCUCUUUAAGCAUUGUGCGACAACCUGCAGUCAAAUGAUGGUCAAAAUUUCAUAUCGAAACUCCUUAUUAGUUGUGGUUCCCCCUGCCUUGUGAUGCGCAUGGCUAUUGGUAACUAGAGAUAGAACCGUGCCCUGUGGUCCGGUUCCAAAUAGUCAACUAGUGUAAUCCAACCACAUCCUGCGUUCAAACUAUGUCAAACUAUGGUUAACUAUAAUUUGCACCCGAACUUGUUCUUUGCUAUCCGAUCAGGUUACAAUGAAAGAAACUUUCCCUUGUGAAAUUAAUCAGCAUUUCAGACUUAGGUUGGUUAGGAAAUCCUGUCUUCAAGCCGGUAGGGGGAAUUUUGAAGUGACCCCGUUUCCCGGGUAUCUGCUUUGUAUUGAACAAUUUUUGCACAAUUCUGGGUAUUCCCCUUUAUUAAAUGUACAAUUAGGAUGGAAUAAUGUGACUUCAGACCUAAUUCACCUAGCUGCUUGAUUAUCAAGAAUGAUGUUUGGAACAAAAGAGAUAUCAUGUACGUGACCAGUUUCCUAAGGAUUUUUUACGAUUUAGAAAAAAAAUCCCUUUGAAAUCUGUAAUUUUGAGAAUUUUCCAUAAAGGUCUCAAUCUUUAAAGGUUUACAUAGAAUGGUUUACAUACAAAAAGAAAUGGGUAUUUUGAGGAGUGUGUUUUAGGCAAAUACAAACAUAUCAUUGACCCUAUGUUGUUUUGGGCCUGUGGCAGCCCCCAAAUGCGAUUAUUUCGUGGGUUUUUCAUUUUCCCCCAAAUCUCACCCCUGAAGUGUCACAUUGGACUUCUUUUUUUUAGACAGGUUGACAGAUUUUCACUGAACUGGUAGAGUUCACCUGUCUGAAGCUUUAUCUUGUGAUGCUGUGUCUAUGAAGCAGUAAUGUCCAAAGAAAUACCCAAAAACUUUUAUGUUUAGACAUUAAUUGCUCAUAUGUUGGCAGCUCAAGGCAAUCAGAAGUUUUUCUUUUUAAUGACAAUUAGUCAAAAAAAAAUCAAAAAUUGGUUAUGAAUAAUGCGUUUAAAGAUGGAUCACUAACGGAUUUUAUUUUUUUGUUUACUGGAUAGACAGCGUUUUCUUUGAUUUCAUCACAUGUUGUUAAAACACCUUAAGGAAGUUAUUUAUUUAAAAACUUCUUUCAUUUUGUACCUUUUUUUACCAGUUUCUUCAAAACUGUUUAGCAAGUUUACGCUCAUGUUUACUACAACGAAUUCUAAGCCACGAGCGGAUGAAUUUUUUACAUUCGUCUCUUGGUCUUAGCAAUUUUAUUUGGAGCAGAUGCAUUCAGUGGUGGUGGUGGUUAGUACAAGCAAACGUCAAAUUCAGUGUGAUAGCAUUUAAGGUCUUAUGAUUGAAAGCAAACGACAAUUUACAGAGGCGGCAUAUCGUUGAAAUAUCACCAGGGAAACCUGUCAGUAAACUAAAAAUAGAAAAAUUCAACAAAAGUAAAAAAAAAAAAAGCAUUAAAGUUUAAUGAGUUUAAAGAAAUACUACAUUCAUGUGAAACGGCCAUUAUUUAAUUUUUUUGCAAUGUCAAAUCUUGGCUAUUAAAAAGGGAUGUAGAAUUUGUAGGCAUCUUAAUGCACAUUUAUCAGCAAAAAUUAUUGGUCUUUCAACUGACUUUUCUGUUGAGAGAUGCAGAGAGGUUGCACUUUGGAUACGAAGGCAGCUUAAGUAGUGUGUAGGCGUCGCCGGGAAAUCCCCAGCAAUUUUAGUAAUUAAAGUCUCUUAUGCCAGAUCUGCUAGAAACAACACAAAUGCAGUUGGUUAGGUUACAAGGAAGAAAACUUGCAAAGGACAUUUAAAGAUAUUUCUUAAUGAUUUCAACCUUUUUUUUACAUUGUGAUUGACACUGGUGCCAUUGUGAAAGUUGUUGAUAUUUGAAUGUGCACUGGUAUUUGGGAAGGCACUGGCCUAACACUUUUUGUUGUGGGUUAAGAAUGGUUUGCAGUUUAGAAUAAUUUAAUUGAUUUUUGGAUCUUUUUUAAAUUUUUGAUUUGAUUUAGUACCUAAGUUCAUCAUUCAAUUACUUUUUUCUAUUCAAAUUUUGUGACUUGAAAAUGAAAUUUCACAUUUUCUGUUAAUGUGAACUUGAACAAAAUCAAAUUCUACAUAGAAUCCUCCCUUUUUUUGUUGUUUCAAAUUCGAUGUGGAAAAAACUGAAUGGGAAGAGAACAUGGAGGCUACAAGUAGUGUUAAUGUAAGUUGAUUUUGUUCCAGAGAGUGUCCUUUACUGUUCACACAAAUAGUGGAGAAUCUGCCUACAAAGGCACAUGGAGACUCAGCCAUGGUUGCCAUUAAUUUAUAACAGCAUCUUUAGCAGAUAAGUACGUGGUCAUUGCAAUUGACUGCAUUCUAUUUUGCGUAGUUACGAGGAGCAAUUUUUUGAGGUACAGUAAAGUAAUCUUGAAAGCUGCUGGUGUAAUUGUUUUUGUUCCCUUCUUUUCUCAGAAAAGACAUUCUGUUUGAUUUACCACGCCUUUAAAAGGAUAUUUGAUUUAUCUGGUAAGGUCAUUGGUGGCCAUCUUUGUAUGGUUCCAAAGGUCAAGGCAGAUCUAGGCUUAGAUCACCAUAUAUUUGGCAAUGGCACCAGACUAAUUAGGAAGUGUAGUUGAAUGUAGAAUCUUCAGAAGAAAACAAAAAUAGCAAGUUAAGAUAAACCUGCUCAUUUAUCUCUGGUUUACUCUCAACUGUAGUGUGAGACUAGGGCCUAUAUUUGGUUUUGUGUUGUAGAUUUUGGCAUAUGGUGAGCUGCGAUCAAGUUACUACCUUUUUGGUAAAACAAAUCUUUGUCGAAUGAAUAAGUAAAGCCAAUUUGACAAAAACAAACAAGACCUGGCCCGGAGAUGAUGAAUAGAUGUAAGAACUUUGUAGUUGCCACAAUGUGACGUAAGCGUAUACUGUAAGAUAAUGACAAUAUUGUUACACAUUUAAGCUGUAUUUUUCAUGUGGAGUACCACUGUGGAUCUGUAUUUCUAAUGGUCAAAAUAAAAUAGGCCUACAUAUAAUACAAGGA